UAAACUCUUUUAAUCACUUAAUGGACGAGGACGUAGUAAUUUUAUUAUACAAUAGAUUAAAUAAUUUAAUUAUGGAUUAUAAUUCAAAAGUAUAUCUAUAAAUGUAGCAUACAUGUGUCAAGCAUUGUACUAAUACUUUACUCAAAGCCUAAUUAGAUCCACUUGAAAAUCUUUGCUUAAAUAGAUGUGUAAAUAAAUAUUCUGAAGCCAUUGAUUUUUCAAUGCAACAAUUCAAGUAGAUAAUAUACUAAUACAAGGUUACAUACAUUAAAGCAAGAAGAACUUGUCAAAUAACAAUUGUUAUUGCAAUAAUAAAAAGAAAUGCUUAAACCAUCGCUUUUUCGUAAAUGAAUAACAAAAGUUAUUUAUAUUAUAUAAUCA